AUGGCAGGACUUGCAAGCCGGCUGCCGACCUCUCCAACCCGCCAGCACCCGUUGUCGCCGCUGGACAUUUCUUCAUCAUCAGCUCGAGUCCAGGAGGUGGUCGUCACGACGACGGGCUUUGCGGGAACAGGCGAGGGCGUCAGGCAGCGGAGAACUCGGCAAAACAGCGGACCUGCACCGUCGUACGCCGAAAGCGAGUACCUGGAGAUCGUAAGGAGGCAGAACAGGACUCGCUCUGCAGCAAACUCGCUCAAGCUGCCGCGCCAUCACACCGCCUCAAGCUCGUAUCCGUCCCCCUCGCCCGACCCAGAUCCCGCCUCGACUCUCGCGACCCCCUCCAAAGACCCACCAAAGCUCUCGAACGAAUGGGAGUUUUCUGGAUGGGGUCACUCGAGCUAUGUCGAGCUGACGGGGGAGGAAGUGGCGCACGCUAGGCGCGAGCGGGAGCAGCAGAUGCGAAGGGAUGGAGACGGGUCGCUUGGGUCAUGGCUCGCGAGCGGCGUGGCCGGCGUGGCUGUCGCUAGCAGUCCUCUUUAUGCCUUUCCCGCCCUUGUCAGCGUCGCAACUGUCUACUCGCCAAUCUCGCUCUUCGUCGCAACCCUCCUUCUUGCCUUCUGGCGGCCCAUUAUGGCGGAGCUUGCGGCAGCUUUUCCAAUAUCAGGUGCCAACUACGCUUACCUGCUCAACACCUCCACCUCCGUCUCCUUCGCUCUCAUUGGCGCCUCUCUUACCCUCCUCGACGACAUCGCCACCUCGGUUGUCGCUGCAGCGACAGCUUCGAGCUAUAUCGUCGAGCAAGCCAAGCACGGCGUCGGCGAGACCUGGCUCACGAUGGUCCUGCUCUUUGGGAUUGCUGGGAUCGGGCUCGUUGGAAUGAGGGGCUCGGCGAGCGUCACGCUAGCUACUCUGACUAUUCACCUGCUUACACUCGCCAUCCUCAUGCUCGCGUCCGUCGCCCACUGGGCGAGGAACGGUAACUCGACGCUUGCAGCAAAUUGGCAUGCUGGUCAAGUCGGGAGUGCGGAAAAGAUUGCGAAGGCGAUUUAUCAAGGCAUCUGCAUCGCUUUCCUAGGCGUCACUGGCUUCGAGACCGCCCCCGACUACUGCUCCUCCCUCCGCCCCGCCUCGCACGUCUACCCGACAGUCCUCCGCUCCCUCCAGUAUAUCGCAGUCGUCAUCAACGCGCCUCUGCUCCUCUGCACGUUCGCUGUCUUACCUCUGGACGAGAUCCUUGGCGUACCAAGCGUCCUCGGAGCUCUUGGGAGGACGAGCGCCGGGGGCUGGUUGAGCAUCUUGGUGACGGUGGAUGCGGUUCUAAUUCUUGCGGCAACCGUCCUCGCAGGCCUCGUCUCCGCCACUGCCCUUCUUCACCGCCUAUCGCGUGAUGGCUUGCUGCCGCAGGCUCUCCUCAAACCGCUCCCCGUGACUGGCGUACCGGCCUUUGCCGUCGCACUUUUCACGGCGCUUUGCAUCAUUGUGUACGGGAGCAGCGGGGCGAGCCUCAAUGUCGUGUCGAGCAUGUUUGCCAUCGUCUUCCUCGCCGUCAUGUCCUUCUACCCCGUCUCGCUCCUCCUCCUUCAGUACCACCGCCCAACCAUGCCCCGCCUCGCCCGCCGAACGCCCUUCCUCCUCACCGUCUCGACGCUCCUCCUCGCACUUGCGCUCAUCAGUGGCGUCAUCUCGCUCAACCCCACUUCAGUCGGCUACUUCGCAGCCUACAUGUGCGUCCUCACGCUCGCACUGUGGACGGCGGCAAGAUGGGGCCGCUGGUUGCGCGUGUUUCGGUGGGUGUGCGAGCACGGCCUUGGAUGGCGACGUGGAGCAGAAUGGUGCGUCAGGAUGAUGGCCAAGGCAAAGGAGGGGAAGGAGGUGGUCCUCUUCGUCAAGGGUGACGAGAUCAACACGCUUUUUGAGCGGAUCUUGUAUGUUCAGAAGAACGAGACGACGUCGAGGAUAAAGCUCGUCCACUUCUACGGCCCGCAGUCGGCUUCGAAUCCGGCCGCUCAAGCCGAGAAGGUCGACAGCGGCGAGGAGGAGGCGGUCGAGUCGUCGGGCGGAGCGACCGUCACCUCUACCAGUAUAACAGCUGCACGAGUACCGCAAGACGGACACGGCGACGUUCGAGCAGACGAUUUAGACGAUAUCCCAAGCGAACUCACACCCAACUGGCGCAUUCUCGACGAGGCCUUUCCGUCUAUCACCAUCGACCUCGUCUUUCUCCGCGCGCCUUUCACGCCCGACUACAUCCAUGCUCUCGCCAUGCACCUCCAGCUGUCCGUCAGCCGCAUGUUCGUGGGCUGUCCGUCUGAGCGGUGGGAACGGGAGAAGGAUUUCGGUGUGCGGGAACUUGGCGGCGUCCGCAUCAUCUCCGGGUAG